GUAACUAUAUAUAUUUUAAAUCCUUCGAAAUCGGUACUCUCGCACACGAAGCUGUGCAGUUGCUGUGCGUUGGCUUACUGAAUGUCAUGGAGGGACAGAGGAUAACGUAGACCAUGGUUCGAAAGCAUGCACUUCUGCAUUCAAAAACGCAAACCGGGGGCUUCGCUUUAAUUUUUUUAUCCCGGCAACUGCAAUGCACAAAACAUUGUCCCUUCAGAAACGUUUGUGGAAUGAUUGCACAACAUCGGGCCUCGCAAGCCAGGCCUGUAGUUAUUUGGAUUUAGACGCUUUGGGAAGUUGCCCCAAAUACCAUAGCAAGUCGUCCAUUACACGAACAAACUUCCAUCUGCCGUCCUGCCUCUCACCCACUCGGCUUCACCCGUCACUGGCAUCCUUUCCUCCCGUCUAGAGAGGUUAACGGGACGAUUGUCCUUGGUUGGUCCACAGACCACAGAUGUCGUAUUUAAUCUCGAGCCCUAAUCUCCCUCUUUUUCUCACUCUCUCCUUCAUCUAUCAGUAGAUUUGCCAUGUUUUGAGUCUUCACUUUGCAGGGUCUUCAUUUUACUGCCCGGAUAAAAUUGCAAAUUCCAGGAAUAAUUUGUGAAUGUGAAUUUUACAAUCCAUUGAUUUCAACCAUUGAUUUUCUAAUCGAUUUUCCUAUAGACUUGGUUUAUUAUUAAAAUCCAGCCUUUUAGAACUUUUUUUUGCGGUUAAACAGAAAUAAUCACGUACUGGAAAUUUAUUGUACAAUCGUUUACCAGUAUUAACAGAGUUUCCACCGAUUGACCUUUAGAUACAUACAAUAGUCUGAUUAACUAUAACGAGUGUAAAUGUAAUGCAUGGAAACAUUGUCUUUAAAAGGGUGCCUAAUGAGAUUGAGGUUGCUCAGUUGACUAUACAUUCAGUUUUCUCAUCUGGUCUAGACUUGGUACAGUAUGAUUUGGUUAUUCUGACUGAAGGAAGCCGAAAAUAUUUCUGAGGCAACACAGAGCUGCCUUUUUUCUCUCUUACGGAGAGGGAACUGUUGCAAGGGGUGCUGCAUGUUUCAGAAAAUCCUGGGUGCCCCACAGUGAUGGUGCAGGUCUGAAUUUCUCCCGCACGCUCUUCCUGUGAAAAUCUUCUCGUCGCCAUUUGUGUACAUUUCUUUGCAUGCUGCUAAUCGCACGCGUCGCUGUUGUGUACGUUCGCUUCACAGUGAAACUUCUUGUUCCUGUGAAAACUGAUGUGUCAGUUGAGGCUGUGACUGUGUGAAUGUGGAGUGGAGGGAAUGGAGGCUACCGUCCAGGGACCUAGUCUGCUGUUGGUUAUGACGCAGCAGCAUCAUCCGAUCUCACUGUCCUGAACGAAGACUGCACAAAUGCACGGAGCUGCCGCAGUUCGCCAUUUUCAUGCACCGCUUAAAGCUUCAUUUCGCAUAAAUGUUGGUCAUAAUCCAUGUCCAGGGCAUGUGGGAGCUUGAGAAAACCGGAGAGGAUUAAAGACCUUCCCACUUCAUCCUCCAAUCGGACCACUUCGUUUGACCAUCGAGAGCCGAUACACCAGGGCCCUCGACUGUCAACGUCCUUCACACUGCUGCACCAACAGCAUCUAGCCAGCAGGUUUUCCCCGUGAAGGAGUAUGUUGCCAAUGCUGUCCCUUUGCUCCAUCAUCUGGCUCAACCGGGGAAUCAAGCUAAGGAAAGUGCACUGGUCCACCAACACCGGUCAGGCCUGAAACUGCUGCAUUCGCAUACGUAAGAGCAGCAGAACACUUUCUUAUCAACUUUUAAAAAUGCUUCUAAAUUACGGGUGACUUCCUAUUUUCCCUUUCCCCCCGACCCCUCUACAAGCCACCGAACUAACACUGUCACCACAAUUUAGUGACUGAACAGCCUUUUUCUUUUCUUUGGAAGAUAUCUUCGAAGCUGAACGCUGUUGCAGUAGCUCUUUGGCUGCACCAUCCAAUUUUCAGUUUGGUGGCCAUUUUGAUUUUUUCUCCCAAACAAAAUGGCAGCGGAAGGUUUUCAGUACCGUGCCCUCUAUGCCUUUACCAAGGACCAGGAAGAGGAUCUGGACCUACAGCCUGGAGACUUGUUGACAGUCAGCAAGGCCUCCCUGCUGUCUAUGGAGAACUAUCAGGAGGGCUGUGUGGAGCAUCCUGAGCACCUCGGCUGGCUCCUCGGCUACAACGAGCGUACUAAACAGAGAGGUGACUUCCCAGGGACCUAUGUAGAGUAUGUGGGCCCUGUCAAGAUGGCACUUCCAUCAAGUCAACCCCGGUCCCACCGACCCCUCCCUGUCGCUCCCAGGCCUGACUCAUCUCAAGCUGUUCCCAUGCCGGAGCUGAGCGAGCAGUUCACGCCACCAGAGACGGCUCCCCCCGUCCUCGUCAGCCUGAUCCAAGCCAUAGAGACGAGAGGUUUGGACUUGAAGACAUUGUACAGGAUAACUAGCUCCUCUGGUUCAGACAGCCCAGUGUAUAGCCUGAGCUCUGAGAGUGACAUGUAUCAGAAAGAUGUGGGUUAUCUGUCUGAGUGCGUCCUGCAUUACUUGAGAGACCUCCCAUCACCCCUCAUUCCUGCCUGUAUCUACCCUCACCUUCAAACUGCAGUCACAAUGCAGCAGCAGAUCCUUCAGCAGGCAGCAGACGGUGCUGCUGGUGGUAGCCAUGGCAGAGAGGUUAGCCUAGUCCUUGAGAGCUCCACCACCAUCCCACUUCACCACCGCCUCACCCUGCAGUACCUCCUCACACAUCUGGCCAAGGUCACCCAGGCACAGGCCACCAAUGGCCUGGACACACACACACUGGGAAAGAUCUUUGGACCUCUGCUCAUACGGACUCGCUCUUUUACCAAUUGGUUGUCAUUGGAUGAUGAGUUCCCUGCGCUUGUUGUGGAGAAACUGUUGAGAGAAAGGACUACAGAGCAAGAUCUCACUCCUCCAGUUCUUCCAGCAAAGCCAGUCAAGUCAAAAAUGCCACCACCAGUCAUGACUGAUGCAAGCAGCCUGUUGAAUGAUGCUGAAUGGUACUGGGGCGAAAUUUCUAGAGAGGAGGUGAACGAGAAGCUGCGAGACACUCCAGACGGCACCUUUCUUGUGCGAGACGCAUCAAGUAAACUGGAGGGCGAGUACACUCUCACACUCAGGAAAGGGGGAAACAACAAGCUCAUAAAAAUUUACCACAGAGACGGGAGGUACGGCUUCUCGGAGCCCCUUACCUUCCUGUCUGUAGUGGAGCUCAUCAAUCACUACCGCCACGAGUCUCUGGCUCAGUACAAUGCCAAGCUUGACACCAAGCUUCUGUACCCGGUGUCCAAAUACCAGCAGCUGGUAAAGGAGAACAGCAUAGAAGAGGUUGGCGAACAGCUGCAGGUCUAUCAUGAGCAGUACCAGGAGAAGAGCCGCGAGUACGACUCCCUGUACGAGGAAUACACACGCACCUCACAGGAGCUGCAGAUGAAGCGCACAGCUAUUGAAGCUUUUAAUGAGACGAUCAAGAUCUUUGAGGAGCAGUGUGAGACCCAGGAACGCUACAGCAGAGAGUCUUUGGAGAGAUUCCAGCGUGAAGGCAACGAAAAGGAGAUUCAAAAGAUCCAGAGCAAUUCUGAGCGUUUGAAGUCUCGUGUGAAGGAGAUUCAUGACAGCAAAUGUAAGCUGGAGCAGGACCUGAGACAUCAGGUCUCUGACAACAGGGAGAUCGACAAAAAGAUGAACAGCCUCAAGCCAGAUCUUAUACAGCUUCGCAAGAUCAGAGACCAGUAUUUGAUAUGGUUGACACAGAAGGGCACGAGGCAGAAGAGGAUUAAUGAAUGGCUUGGAAUAAAGAACGACGCUGAUGACUCCUACUCACUGGAGGAGGAUGAGGGCUCUCCCCAUCACGACGAGUGUACCUGGUAUGUGGGUGAUAUCAAACGCACCCAUGCUGAGGAAAUGCUGCGGGGCAAAUGCGAUGGAACCUUCCUCAUCCGUGAAAGCCAAACACAGAAGGGUUCCUACGCCUGUUCUGUAGUUGUUGAGGGUGAUACCAAGCACUGCGUCAUCUUCAAGACGGUCACAGGCUAUGGAUUCGCCGAGCCCUACAACCUGUAUUCAUCCCUCAAAGACCUGGUUCUCCACUACAAGAACGUCUCCUUGGUCCAACACAAUGACCAGCUGAAUGUAAAUCUAGCCUACCCGGUACUUGCCCGUUCUCAGAACCAGAACCAGCACCCUAGAUGAAUUAUCCACCAGCAGUGUGGGAUCCCAACAAGGUGGGGGGCAGGUACAAAUGGCACUAUUAUAAAAAAUAGAUCUCACACUUUUAGCUGGAGUCUGGUGCUAAUUUCCAUUCUGGCCCAGCCCAGUAAAGAGCACUCCUUGGUAAUAGCACGUCUUCAAAAAAGGCACACUGGUAGUGUUAACCAUACUCAGUACAGUUAUCCUGGCUGAUGCACUGAGGUUUAACUUUAGAAGCGUGAUGCAUUAGCCAGUACCGACUGUACAGUGUCAGUUAUGAAAAAAUGUGUGAGAAAUUUACAAGAAAAAAAUUCUCUUGACACAGACAAAAAAGAUUCACUGUGUUAAUGGAAGAGAAAAAAAGCACACAUAUAUUUUUCACAAUCACGGAGCAAAAGAGAGAACAGAUGGUGGGAUGAUGGCAAAAUAUACAGGAGGUACUUGUUUUGCCUUUAACACGUGAUGACUGUCCUUAGACAAAGGCCCGAUCUGUCAUCCCCAGACUGCCUGCAAACUGUCCGUAGACAAAAGCCUGUGCUGUCAUCUGCUGAAAGGACUGGCUUGGUUGAACCAGGCUGCUCACUUCACACCUAAAAGGAGGCUGAGAAACUGUGCACCGUGGGAGGGGGGGGGGGGGUGUAGUCACUGGAGCCCCAGGGAGGAGGGGUGCACUUGGGAGGGGAGGGGAGGGGAGUUGCUUGAUGGUUUUAAAAAGAUGGGUUGAAUUUAAAGCUUGCUCAAGUGCCAUAGUAAUAACUUUGAAUGACCACAAGCCUGUGUUUCUAGAAGAAGGGGAGAGUGAACAGCUGUCUACACAGACAAAGCUACAGCUUUAAACACACACACAUAGGUAUAUUUUUAUGAAGCUAUGUCUAUUUCCAACUGCUUCUGUUAGUUGCUCUCUCGAGGAGCCUCCUGUUAAAUUGACGAGGUACAACAUACACUAAAUACUAUUUUUCAGGAUUGAAAUGCAUAGUACAUUGUUGAUGGAGAGGUACAUUGAUAAAUGCAGUUUAACACGAUUCAGGAUUCAUUCUGAAUGGAAACUCUGGAAAGGUUCCUGCGUCACGUCUUUGUUUCGAACUUCUUCCUUGCUUUUCUUCCUUUUAAAUACUGUAGCACCUGUAGCCACUGACUUAAGGCAUAGCUGUUAGGGCUCCUCCUAUGUGUCUCGUCUCAGUACGUUAAGGACACUUCACAUAGAGCACCAGUCUAUGUGAUUAUUGUAUCAGUACUGUAUUUACUUUGUCUCUACUUAGACUGUUUUAGCCGAACCGUCUCCUCGCAGGUGUUUGUUGUUCUUUCGAUGCAGAUUCACUCACGGUACGUCCUCGCCACUUGAGCUUGACUGUUCAUUUCAGCAGAGGUUCGAGUCACAGAGCUGUAGAACAUUAAUGUACAGAAAAAGAAAGCAGUAAUAUAACUCAUGUACAGUAUAUUUCCGACACACAUGCAGUCAGUGUAUGUGACCUUAUAAAGUUUAAAGGCUGUAUUAUUUCCAUGCUUGUAGAUUCUGUUUAGGGAUGCAAGUAUCCAGCUAAUGUGAGCCAAAUGAAGGAUGUUUUAUCAUGUAGCAAGGGAAAAAAAGAACACGUUCUUUUGCCAUUUAGCGUGGCCUCUGUGGUCUGAGAGAUUACCUAGCCCAGUAUGCAUGGAGUCCUUCCUUUGGGUUGUGUGUGGAGUUUGUCGUUUGUGUUGUUGUUGUUUUUAUCUUUUACACGGCACCCGUGGUUGAUAAUUGUGUUUUUUGUAGUGCAUAUACAAUAUGAUGUAUGGUAGUACUAUACACAGUUCAAUUGUGUAUAAUAAGUUUUAGUUCUCAAAUCAAACUCCUGUAGUUCUGUACAGUGGCAGUGAUUUUUUUCCUGUUUCGCUUGAGGUGAACAGUCCAUCUCUGCCCUGUCGCUUUAAAAGCACAGUUGUGUGGAGGUAACACUAGUCGGUUGCAGUUGUUCUUAAUGGAUGCGUUGAGAAGAGGCAUUGUGUGAUGUCACUUAAACAGUUAUUUACACUUCUCCUGAUAAAUGCACAAGAAUAAUCUAAACGGAAUUCUGCAGCAGUAGUUGACACAAAGAGAAGUAGUGGUGUAGAAAGGUACAGAUCAGUUAGGUCACUGGAAAUAAACAGUUUAAAAACAUGCAGUGCUUUUAAAGAUUCGAUCUUUCUUCUGAUCAAACCUACAUUUAAUCAUCAGCUCUGCUAUAUCAAUAAAUGAAACUUUCAUAACGUUCAUAUAUGUAGAUUAUGUUACUUGGCUAAAUCGAAGUAGCAUCUUCUUCAACAGACUGAUCAGAAUUUCAAAUGGACCCAUGCUCAACCUCAAGGGUUUGAGUAAAGGGCACGACAUUGACUUUAGUCAGGACAAAUCAGUUGUACUGUACCGUCCACAGUUCUUGGUAUGUAGAAAAUCCCAAGAUCCAAACUCGACGUGACAGCAGUGCUUCUGACCUCGAGGGCUAUAAAAACGUGAGUGAGAAAGAUGAGAAGUGCCUUCAGCCAUAGUGACGGGCUCAUCCUCUCAUUGUCAUUGGAGCGUUGCUCCACAAGAUGGUGCCACAACCACAUGCUGUGCCCCAUUGUUCACGCAUUUGCCAUUUUGUGCGUGCGUGCGUGCGUGCGUGCGUGCAUGUGUGUUUUAGGGCAAAGUUUUGUUGUGCCUGUAGCUGUUACAUAUUAUUCUCUCAUGGUUGGGGCUGUACAGUAGUUUGGUGCGUUCUCUGUGCACCAAAGUUAACUUUCGUUAAUUGUUGUAUUUGUCUGGUGUAUUUUAGAAUAAAACUGAGACAUGAUGGAAAUGUGAAUCGUACACACAUGGCCCAACCCAGUAGUCUGAAGCUCAUUGGAUAAGCUCUCAAGUUAAAGAAUGCUACUUUUCUCAGUGUUUUGUAUUAGAGUCAGUGGCUGUGUGAAUGGGCCUGCUUGAGUCAUCCGCCACUGCUGACACAUCCAUUAUCCAAUUUGUUUGGACCAACACUUUUGUUAAUGCACUUUUUUCCUGUUCCACACACUCAAAUCUGCGUGUCUAAUGCCCAACAACCAUAAACUCCCAGACAGUGGUGAAGCUCGGACGUUAAUAGUGUUUUUAGGUGAGGGUCUUAAGGUGUUUCCAUACAGUGUAUCAGGAGUGACUGGCAUUUUCCUUUCUAAUAGUGGAGUAUAGAGUGUACAGUAAAUGCUUUAGUUGUUUUUGCAGUCACCAGUUGUUAUGUGAUUUUGAUGCUUUAGACUGUUUGCAGCGUGUUUGUCAUAGAGCUAGUUUUACUUCAUAGGCCGUAUAAGGUCUUUACAAACUAACUUUAAGGAGAGCUGCUGGCUCAUUAUGCAAUUCGUGUCAACACAGCAAAAUUGUGCAACUUAACAAGACAACAACAGUUAAGUAUUUUCCUUCAGGUGACCCAGUUUAAAAUAUUUAGGGUUCCUCCUAGUAGUACCAGGUCCCAUUGCUUUUGAGAUUUGAAUUAUUCAGUGUUUCUCUGUAAAUAGGUUUUGCAGAAGAAAUUGUGCAUCGGAUGUUUACAGAUGCCGUCAGGAUGAGUAAGUUGUUGCCAGGUGGUUUUGCUUUCUUUGAAACAGUUGGCCCAGUGCUUUAGUGCCACAAAGACAAACUGAAAGCUAGAACUGAACCGGCACCUUGUUAAGAUGAACAGUUUUGCAGUUGAACUUUUUUCAUUUGCCAUAUACGCCAUGUUAAUCACAGAUGUUUAAUAGCUAGAAGCAAUGCAACUUCAGUAGCAAUGAAACCUGGCCAAGCAAUGAGGCGGACAUGAGGCGGGCAGAGGACUUGGUUGUGCGCUGACUCAGAGUCGGGGGCUUAGUCCUGCUUUUUGUAGACGCGUCUCUGACACUCUAAGCUUUCAUCCUGCUCGUGUAGUAGAUAUGCAUUUGUGUCAGAGCUUGUUGAGAAACACUUUUCUAUAUAACAAAUGAUCAUUCGAGAAAUGAAAUAUUUUUUCAUCGGCUUUGGUACACUGUAAAUGAUAUUUCUUGAAAUGAGGCCUCACACACAAAGCACAUCUUUCACUGACUAUAAAGAAAACAUAUAUUUGGUGUCUAUUAAGGUUUGAAGAGCAAGUGGCAUACUAGAGAAUAAAUAUUUUGAAAUAUAUACUUAGAUAUCUAUAUUUUUGGAUGAUAACUCUGAUUUGGAUUGUGCUUGAAACAAAUCAGGACGAGGCUUUGAUGUGAACAUGAUCUUUAGACUUGCUCCAGAGCUGCGUUGUAUUUGAGCAGUUAUCAGAAGUGCAAGCAUUUGUACUAAUCGGCUGCGGCGAGCUUCAUCAUGAUCAGCAACACACUUUGUGGUUACAGUUGAUAAACAUGUAUGUAGUCUGUUAAGCAUGAUUUAUCAGGUGCGUUCAGAAGACGAAGCGUGCUCUUGUACAUGUGUUAAUAUUUACAGAGCUAUAUGUUAAAUGCAGUCCUGGCUGCUUUGCAUUUAAUAACUAUUAGAGAGAAAUGGUUUUGUUGUUUGUUUGUUUGUUUUUUUGGAACAUGAGAAUCUGAUUUGUUGUUUGGAAGAUUCUAUUUUUUUUUUUUUUUUGAGUAGAGGCAGUGUUAAAAGUUGCACCACAAAAGACACACUUAACAUGCUACCGCAGAGAUGAGCCACAGAUUAGACGCCGGUGCUGAAUCUGACAUCCCACCACUUUAUCUCCCUCUGGUUGAUCUCUGCGGUCGCUGAGGACGUGUGUUAACCAGAGAGAAGGUACGAUGGAACGGUUCAUGAUCACUCCUUGACGCAGGUUUUUGUACAGUAAAGGUGGCAUUAGAAAGUGUUCUUUUAUGGUGCCUCAGUAUUUUUUUUUUUGGCUUUUUAAAAAAGCUGAUAGUUUGUUUGUCCAAGUAUUGGUUGUUUUUUGUUCAUAUCUGUUAAUUAUAACCUUUCAGAGCCUAUAAAGAAAAAAAAAUAAGCUAGCUUGAAUUUUUUUUCCUCCAUACAAAAAUACAAAUGUUUACAGUAUGUAAUUAACCAAAUAGUAAAUAUGCGUUUGAAGAGUCAACCUGUCUGGCCCUCAAAGUGGCUGCGGUGGGUUGAUCUAUAUUUCUUUAUUUCCUCUGUCAUUUUAAACUUGAAAAUGUAAUGACUGCUUGUUCUGUUUUUGUUUGUUUUCUUGUUUCAGUUUUUUCUUCUGUGUUUUCAUUUUGUACGUGAGAACAGUGCUCCCUCAGUUUCAAAACAACAACAACAACAACAACUUACCAAAAUGAUUCAACAGGAUUCAUUUGUCAAUAAUACACUUGUCGUUCUUCUUACCUGCUGACUACUUCAUCUUACACUGAGCCUGUGCAGGACUAAAUCCUAGCUUGAGAUACCGUUGAAUCUGUUGCUGGUUAUAUUAUGUACAGUAUGGUAGAUUUGACAUGAAUUGUUUAGUACGAUUUGUGUCUCUCUGGCCAGGACUCAGUUCAAAUUAUUUAUAGGGGUCAUACCCAUGUGUUGUGAAUAACAGUAAAAACAUGCCACUUGAUGAACAUGUUUGUGUAGAGUUUUAGUACAUAAUCGCAUCUUGAAAUUCAGGAAUAAGUCAAUAUCAAGACGCAUCCUAUUUGUAAUUUUUGCACUACACAGCAAUUGAUACUCAAAUUUAAAGGCAAAGCACUUGCUCUGCUGGUUGGGUAACAAGACUUUUAAGACCAAAACAUAACCCUCAUUGUCUCAGCUUAACUGUAAUUUCCAUUGAAAAUAUCAUGACAUCAACAACUGCACUUUCAUUUCCCCUUUUUUCUGCCUGUAUCCAUUUUCUCACCAUAGUUUCUUUCUAUGGGCUUUGGCCUUAAACUUCAACCAAUUGUUUGAUGUGAAUAUUGUAGUGUUUCCACUGGUGUACAGUAGUUCAUGUUCAAAGUACAGCAAGUUGGAGAUAAGACAGGCAGUGAUCCAUUCUGCAGCCACUUAGUCAACAACAUUAUUUACACCUUAAAUUACACUCACUUCCAUCUUGCACAGCAGGUUGUGUGAUGUAUCACUGCCUCAGCAGCAGCACAAGUAAUGCAUAACUAAUAACGAUGUGGUCUUCUCUUCCGGUUAAAAUCAGCAAUGGAAAUGAGUGGGGAAGUCAAAUGAAGCUACUCUACACCAAAGUGCAAUUGAACUCGGAGGGAGCACUGUUGUUCCAGCCAGUAGAGGCCUAUUGGUUGUGGUGUGCCCAACCCCUAUGCACGAGAAGAUGCUUAUUCUUCUUUUCUCCUGUGUUAUCUUCCCUCUGUUGGUCGGUCUUAGUGCAGAUCUGACCUUUCUUUCUCUCUUUUGUGUACACUUUGCUUAAGACAUGUGUUUAUCCUCAGACAGGUACUCUUUCAUCUAUAUGGUUCUUUCUUUAGGCUGAUGCAAUCAUUUUAAAAACAAUAAAUAAACGAAUAAAAUACA